AACACCUGUAAUGUCCACUCGCAUCAAUGGAGAGCUUCGCAGGUCCUUUCCCCCAAGUGGCACUUUCCUACUCGUAGCCAGCCCUACGGUAGUUUCAAGCAUAUUAUCUUAGACGUUAAAGCAGGUAGUUCUGGCAAAGUUCCAUGUAACUGCUAUUCUAUCUAG